AUGGAGAGGGAAGAGUGGGAAGAGAGGGAGAGGAAAGGAGGGAAGGGGGUCAAGGGAAAAAGAGGUUAACAAGAGAUUAUGAUAGCAACACCUCCUCCCCGCCCACAGACUCUACAUCCACGCCUACGAAAAAGCAUUAAGAGAAGAAUGCGGAUAUACUAGGUAUCAACCUGUACCUAUCCCCCCCAACCCCAAACCCUUCCCCAACUAACAAACGAAAAACCCCAGUACUGGAACUGGAACCGCUACGCCCACGACCCCAUCUCCUCCCCUCUCUUCAACGGCAACAACACCUCCAUGGCGGAAACGGUAGUCCAGAUCCGUACCCCGGGAUCCCUUCGACGAGCUUUGAUCCGCCGUUUGAUAUGAUAUCUUCCGCGGGCGGAGGGGGAUGUGUUGAGAGUGGGCCUUGUGGGGAGUUUGUUGCCCCCUUUUUCUUCUUCUUUUUUUUUUGGAUGUGGAAAAUGUUUUUUUUUCGAACCCUUACAAGCCAGGAAGAGAGUGACUAGGAAGAGAGAGAAUAAACCAAGAAGUUUCUUUAUAUUCACAUCCCCAUCCACACAUCAAAACUAACACACUGUCUUAACAGCAUGAUAGUCUCCCUCGGCCCCUUCUCCAAAAUCGUCAGCAACAUCCCCUCAAACCCCCAAGCCGACGGCUUCGGAAGUAACCCACGUUGUUUGCGUCGGGAUGUGAAUAAACACGCCUCCGCAGUGACGUUUGAUAACUAUACCUACGCGUUGAUCACAGAGAACCCCACGAUCGAGGCGUUCCAAGCGAAUAUGCUGGGGAAUAAGUCGAGGAAUGAUUGGGGCGUGCAUAUGGGGGUGCAUUAUACUAUUGGUGGGGAUCCGGGUGGGGUGGGUGUUUUUGUUUAUGAUUUAGGUUAUGUUAUGUUGAGUUAUGUGCUUUAUGUGGGAAGAUGA